GAAGGAGGCGUCUCAUCACCUCCUCCAACGCACCCCAGGCUUCCUAGUACUGAGCACAAAGGAAGCCAACUGUGUUAGCAUUUCCUGUCGAUCACGGGGGCCAGCGGUGCUGGCCACCAUGGUGCUCCCGGGGCUGCUGCCCGGGGCCUUCGGGACUCCACUCAUCUCCCUGCUUCUCGUCUGCUGUCUGCUGCCCCCAGGUGCCCCAGGACAGCAGUUCCCGCUGAGGGUGGAGGUCCAGAGCCCCGUGGUGCCUGCCGGGGGGUCCUUCUUGGUCAACUGCAGUACGGAUUGCCCCAAUCCCAACCUCAUCGCCCUAGAGACAUCCCUAUCCAAGGAACCUGUGGGCAAUGGCCUGGGCUGGGCGGCCUUCCAGCUCUUCAAUGUGACUGGUGACACCCAGGUCCUCUGCUCUGGCUUCUGCAAUGAUGUUCAGAUGAUAGGCUUCUUGAUCAUCACAGUGUACCGGUUCCCGGAGCGAGUGGAGCUGUUACCCCUGCCCCGCUGGCAGCCCGUGGGCGAAAACCUCACCCUGCGCUGCCAGGUGGCAGGCGGGGCGCCCCGGAGAAACCUCACCGUGGUGCUGCUCCGCGGGGAGGAGGAGCUGAGCCGGCAGCCAGCCGUCGGGGAACCCGCCGAGGUCACGGUCGCGGUGUUGGCGGGCAGAGAGGACCACCUCGCCAAUUUCUCCUGCCGCACGGAACUGGACCUGAGGCCCGGAGGGCUGGGAUUGUUCCAGAACAGCUCGGCCCCCAGGCAGCUCCAAACCUUUGCACUGCCCGUGACCACUCCACACCUCACUGUCCCUCGGUUCUUGGAGGUGGGAACGACUUGGUCCGUGAACUGCACCGUGGACGGGUUGUUCCCCGCCUCUGAGGUCCAGGUCCACCUGGCGCUGGGGAACCAGACGCUGAACUCUACAGUCGAGAACCACGGGAACACGAUCACGGCCACAGCCACAGCCACAGCGAGCAUGGAACAGGAGGGUGCCCGGGAGAUUGUCUGCAACAUGACAUUGGCGAACGUCAGCUGGGAGGCCCGGGAGAACAUAACCAUCUACAGCUUCCAUGGGCCCAUCCUAAACCUGAGUGAGCCCAGCGCCCCCGAGGGGACCGCAGUGACUGUGACUUGCUUGGCCGGACCCCGAGUCCAGGUCACGCUGGAGGGAGUUCCAGCUCCGGCCCCUGGACAGCCUGUCCAGUUUCAGCUAAACGCCACCGAGACGGACGACAGGCGCAUUUUCUUCUGCAGUGCGACCCUCCGGGUGGAUGGGGAGAUCUUACACAGAAACAGCAGCGUCCAGUUGCGUGUCUUGUACGGUCCCAAGAUUGACCAAGCCAAAUGUCCUCAACGCUUGACGUGGAAAGAUAGGACUAUCCAGGUCCUGCAGUGCCAGGCUCGGGGCAACCCGGACCCCACGCUGCACUGUUUCCAGGAAGGCUCCCGGCUUGAGGUGCCCAUCGGGAUCCCGUUCCUCGUCAGGUUAAAACAUAAUGGAGCGUACUCCUGCAAGGCGGCCAGCUCACGAGGCACACAGACUAUAGCCGUGGUGAUGAACGUUUGGGAUCGGAACACCCGCGCCGUCAGCAUCGUCCUGGGGGUGUUAGCGGUCCUGGGCGUGGUGACGAUCUGCGCUGCCUUACUGUACGUCUUCGGGGUCCACAGGCAUAGUGACAUCUACCAUGUGAACCAGGGGAGCACUUCGUUGCCCCUGACGUCUAGGCAGCCCGAGGAGGCUGUAGGGGAGGAUCCAUCCUGAACUUCCAGCUGGGGGAACGCUGGACCAAAGCCGAUGAGGGGUUUGGCUGUAUCCCCGGGUUCCGCACCAAUAAAGCUCUCAAAAUCCGGA